UGCGCGGCUCCGCCUCCGUCGGGAACCCGGAUCGCGGCGGCGGGGCCGGGAUCGGCACAGCCUGGUACCGCUCGGCACGGCUCGGCUCGGCGCUGCCGGUGCCUGGCACUGCGGGGUCCCGAGACCGACCAACAGGCUGAAGCUCGUGCCUUCCUCAGCGAGGAGAUGAUUGCUGAGUUCAAGGCCGCCUUCGACAUGUUUGAUGCUGAUGGUGGUGGGGACAUCAGCACCAAGGAGCUGGGGACAGUGAUGAGGAUGCUGGGGCAGAACCCCACCAAGGAGGAGCUGGAUGCCAUCAUAGAGGAGGUGGAUGAGGAUGGCAGCGGCACCAUCGACUUCGAGGAGUUCCUGGUGAUGAUGGUGCGCCAGAUGAAAGAGGAUGCGAAGGGCAAGUCUGAGGAGGAGCUGGCCAACUGCUUCCGCAUCUUCGACCGGAACGCGGAUGGGUUCAUCGACAUUGAGGAGCUGGGCGAGAUCCUGAGGGCCACUGGGGAGCACGUGACCGAGGAGGAAAUCGAGGACAUGAUGAAGGACUCGGACAAGAACAACGACGGCCGCAUCGACUUUGACGGUGAGCGACGGGGCCGAGCGCCUGCGCUGCGCACCCCGGGCAGAGCCCUGGGCUGAGGGUGCUGCUCUCUCACAGAGUUCCUGAAGAUGAUGGAGGGUGUGCAGUAAGGGACCAGACAUUCCUGAGGCCAGCCGCCGCACCCAGCCCUGCUCCAACGCCACGCCAGGAGCAGCAGCUCUGCAGGGCCCAGCACCCGCUGCCCAGGCCCUGCUCAUGCCCCCCGCCAGCGGCUGAGCUUCCUCCCCCCCCGGCACACGUGGC